AUGGUCUGCACGGUGAAAGAGCUGGCUGUAAGGUUGUUCGACGUGGGAGCGGUGCGCUUCGGAGACAUCGAAGCGAUGGUCGGUCGCCGGACACCCAUAUACUUCGACCUAAGAAUCGUCGUGUCACAUCCCAAGAUUAUGAUGGCGAUCGCAGAGCAGUUACAAAUCUUAGCUUCAGAAAUAGAUCACGACAUCCUGUGUGGCGUGCCCUACGCCGCACUUCCCUUCGCCACCGUGAUGUCUAUCAAUACGAACACGCCGAUGAUCAUGAAAAGGAAAGAAACAAAACUUUACGCAACUAAAAAAAUUAUUGAAGGAGUUUUUGAGAAGAAUCAAAAGUGCCUCCUUGUUGAAGAUGUGGUGACAUCUGGCGGCACAUUGCAAGAAACUAUUCAAACUCUGCGCAACGAAGGAUUAUCCGUGACGAAUGCCGUAGUAGUUCUUGACAGAGAACAAGGUGGCGCUAGUGUGUUGAAAGCAAAUGGCGUCCAUAUGAAAUCCAUUUUUACGAUGUCCGAAUUAGUGAAAAUAUUGAGAGAUGCCGGCAGAAUCAAUGAUGAAACGGUCGAAACUGUAAUUGAACACAUAAAACAAUACCAAUUUGGCAUGAAGGAUAAUUUCGAGCAAAUUUCUUUACAAUAAAUGGUGCCAGUCGCCUAAUAGGUAGUAUAAUUACAAAUUAAUCAAAUUAUUUAUAAAAUGCAUUGUAUAAUUAUGCUUAUGUACUUAUUAAAUUAGGUAUAAUUCCUUUACCAUUUUUGGGCAAGUAAUGAAAUGAAUUUGCUUUAAAUAGUAGUAACUAUAAUUCACUUGUUACCUAACCUUUGUUUUAUCAUUUUAUAUACACAUUAUUAGCGAGUGUAAAAGGUAGAUUAUAAAUUGCCGAUAACAAUUUACCAGGAAUGCUUUUAAGAUAACUUAUUUCAAAUGUGACGCAGUUUAUCAAUUAGUUAUAUUGAUUCAGUCUAGGGAAUAAUUUAGAACCAAGCUUGAUCGUAGUUUCGCAGGAAAUGCCGGCGGCAUAUCCCGUUGCAUUCCAAUAACGGGAACGGUCAACAAAACCAGUUCGUUUAUUUAAACUAGUGGUCGCCUAGAGGUCGAAAUUCGACCAUAAUUAAAAAUUUAAAUUUUAAAAAAAAAACGAAAAAAUAAUAAAAAUAAUGCCUUCUUUAAUUUUUCAAUUUGACUGCAGACUGACAACAAAAAGAGUAUUAAGCGUGUGUGAGUCAAAUACAUACAUGUUAGUGUGUGUAAUGUUUUUUAUUGAUUUAAUACAUUUUUAUGCACUUUUAAAAAAAUAGCAUUCUACACUAUAUAAAACUGUAAGUGUACGAAAGUUUAUACUCUCCGUCCGCAGAUUUUUCGUAAAGGGGUACAAAGCUUAUGCUUUGCGUGUUAUAAUAAUAUAAAGAAUAUUUAAAUGCUUCAAUAAUAUAACUACGUCAAGUUUCAAAUUACAUGGCAAAUGUAAUAUUUUUUAAAUUGUAACUUUUAUUGGUUUUUGAAUACCUACUUUUCGUUAUUUUAUAAAUCGUUAUAUUAUAUCAAAUUAUAACAUUUCAUACUGUUGUUCUAGAUUUAUUUAGUUCAUACAAUUUAUUGUUAUUUAUUAAGGAAUAAAACAACAUAAUAAAAUAA